AUGCGCGCUUCCGCCGCGGUGCUGUCGCUGUUUCGUGGGCAACGCCGCCUUUCCCGCAACACAACCAUCACGCUCGCCACGCGCCCGUUUUCUCGAAGCACUGGUGACCGCCACAAAAGCGACUGGACGGGAUUAUCGUCCACACCACCCCGACCUGGGCCAGACACACCUGCGCCGCCGUUGUCAUCAAAAUCCUCGGCCGACCUCGACGCGCGUGACGGGGCUCUGCGUGGCGCCACCGAGGGGAUGGUCAGCUCCAAACGCGGCUCCUCUUUUGCAUCCUCAGCGUCACAGCGAGGGAGCGGUGAGAAGGCCAAUGGGAUAGAUCGCACUGAUGGGCUGUACACGCACACGAUCGUUACCGAGGCUGACAAGAUACCAACUGGCGUGGCAACGUCGGCUACCGCGUCCUCUGUUAGCACUGGAGCCGGCUUGACCACUGAGCGAAAAAGGUACGCGACCGUACCAUUACGCAGUAGCGGUACCCGUGCCGAGCCAGGAAAUGGGAGCCGCGACGCGUCAUCGUCGUCGUCCCCGUCAAGUUCGAAGCACGAGGUGACAGCGGAAACAGAGGCAACGAAGAAUAUCAAAACAGCGGCGCGACCGCAGGACGGCCCGAUGGUGCCAGACUACGGGCCCCUGCGUGCGACCGGUCUAUGGUCCGUAGAGGAGGUGCUCGACGAGUCGAAGAAGACGGUUAACUUCCGCCGCAUCGAUGAUGUCGAGAGCGAGAUCAUGGAAGACCUCAAGAAUGUCGAGGAGGCACUCGUCCCAUAUGCGGAGGAGGAGGCGUGGAAGCACAAGCUCAUGUUUGAGUGCAAGUUCACAAAGACACCAAAGCACCUCACGUGGAAAGAGAUGGGUGAAGAGAUCGAGUGCAUGGACUGCGUGAUCGAACUGGACGAGCACCGCCCCGAGGAGCUCUUCACGAUUCUCUUCUAUUUUACAGAUAAGAAGACCAGCACGCGCGACCUGGUGUGGUCGGCACGGAAUGACGUCUCGUACUCGGAGGGUUUUACCGAUCUCCUCGCCGCCGUUGGGGCGUGCCUCGGUCGCUCAGACGUGCAUCGCACCAUCCGCUUCGAUGACGGCGUCGGUUGCACGCGCGACCUCACCUUCCGUAAGCGGUCUCGCUAUACAUCCGACGUGUACGUGGCCUUUCGCCCCCCCGAGAAGUACGACAAGUUUCAACGGAAGGAAGAGAAGGACGAGUACGAGGCAUCCAUGGAGAAGGAGGGCAUGAGCACGUGGGGGUACCACCCGUUCCUCAUGGAUCCGGAGUUCAGCGAGCUGGACUUCAAGGACCCAGAGGGGACGUACGAGGUUGCCAUUUCGGCUCACGGCUUCUCUUUUGUUGUGCUGCGAGCGAUUCGCCGCCUGCUGGCCCGGCCGAUGAGGGACUUCUACCGACCUUCGCAGCUGAUGCGGACGGCAAAGGUGAAGACAGAGGACGAAAUCGGCUUCAUGCAUGCCUUGAAGGGUUGGCUGGGCGUCGAUGAGCAACUCUACCCCCAUUACACCCCCAUCGAGGCGCUGCAGGACCACUGGCUGGGCAAGGACGCCCCGUUUAGUGUCUGCGCCAUCGUCAAUAAGCUGCGCGAGAUGAACUACCUCAAGAAGGAGAACCCCGAGUUUCAGUCGUGGCUGUCGGUGCGGAACCACGACACGCACCUCGCGAUUCGCAACAUGGGUGUGAAGCUGCUCGGCGUCGGGGCCAGCACCCUCUUUGUCCCGGUGUCGCACAACGCCACCGUGAACCGCCUGCUCCCCAAACCACAGCAGCGCCGGCUGAAAAGUCGAUUUUCGCUCAACGCCGUUCUCGGGCUUCCAGACGAGACGCGUAGGCUGAAGGAGUUCAAACAAAUCACUGGUCACGACCACAUCACCGACGCGCCGACAUCUAGCACGCAGGGGACAGCCACGGUCGCGUCUCCAGCCCAAGACGAGGCAAGCGUGAAAAAUUUGCCGACAUAG